AUGAAUGCCAACGAUAAACUUCAUCCAUCACAUAAUGUUCAUGGACAUGAACCAAAUGAGCAUACUCAUUAUAGUGAAUAUACUGAUAAAAAAUCAUAUUAUGCCAUCAUUGACAACUAUCAUUCGAUUCUAAAUCGAAAUGAAAAAUUUAUCUACAGUUGGAAAAUUGAAGAGUAUGAUAAAAGAAUAUAUUUGACACGUGGUACCAUGUACCGUGCUAACACCGAUGCGCUAAUCUAUCGAACAGAUCAAAUUUGUGUUGUCAAUCCAUGGUAUAAAUACGUUCAAGAAAAUAAUCAAGAAAUAAUCAAAAUAUUAACAAAAUGUAAUUGUCAAAAAGUGUUAGAGAUUGUUUUACUCGAAUGUAAUUGUAAUAUAAAGAAAAAACCGGAUAUUUCUCUUAUCGAAUGUCCGUGUCGACAAACAAAUAAAGAAUUUUGUUCAUAUUGUCAAAUGGUAUUGUUAUGGUCAGUUAAAACGGAUGUGAAACGUUCAGAAAAUGUCCAUCAUCAAGGUCAACAAACAAAUAUUAAUUUUUCAAGUGAUUUUCUUCAAACUGAUAACGAUAAAUUAGUUGAAGUUCAUGACAGAGAUGAUUUUAUUUCGACUAAAUUAGGACCACAUCGAUACCAAAAAACUGUUCAAAUACAAGUACAAUCAAACAGAGUUUUGGCACCAGUGACGGCGUACGAUUUCAAGGCGACAUCGAAUCAUCACUUAAUUUUAUCAGAUAAGACAGAUGAAAAUCAAGGAAUGAUGACUACUGCCACUGAUCAAUUAACACUACAGUACAAUAAACGAAGACAAACUAGCGACUCAUCAGUUGAUAUGCAUAGUAGUACAUUUAGAAGUCAAGCACAUUUAAUAACAACGCAUCAAACAUCUGUUGACCAGGUGGAGAAUGAAAACAAAAUAAUGAUUGUACAUUAUAAGAACGAUAGUGAUGAUGACAUGUUGGUUACACCUGGUUCACGUAUACACAGUACGCUAAGUUUUAUGGAUCGACAAGCAAGUACCAGAGUAUUUACCAAUGAUUCAUCUGUUCAUUUAUCAUCAUCUCAAAAAAUGAGUUAUUCAAGACGUUCAUUGAAUAAAAAGUAUUCAAGCUAUAGUAAAUUACCAAAAUUUUUAAAAACAAAGCAUUUUCAAUAUCACGCUAUCAGACAUCCUGCUCAAUUACGCUCAAAUAAAGAAACCGAUAGUGAAGAUAAAUUCGAAUUUAAUGCAUCUGAAUUUGAAUCACUAACAAAAUAUGCCAGUCGUGGAACGCAAACGAAAUUGCAUGCGAUUUUAUUACCUCAACGUUUAUUGAGUGAAAUGAGAAAGGCGAGAAUAGAAUCCCGAACAACCACCGCUGUUACACGAUCGACUCAAGUUGAUACCAUAUCAUAUUUAAUUAAUUUGAAAUUGAAUCAACCUCCAAGUCAUCGAUCAAAUCGUAUUUGGGACCAACAGCAACUGCGACAAUCGAUUACAUCAUUUUUACACAAUGAAAUAUUUUUAACAAAUAAUGAUUCAUUUCAAACCAGAGGAAAAAAACUGAGUUAUUUUUCUACACAAACAGCAGAUAACAUCUCGAAGAAGAGCACAAAUAUUGAAAAAAUCAAAAAAUUAUUAACAUCGACUGAAACAGAUACCUUCUAUAAAGGUGGUAUACCACUAGUUGAAUUUGAAAACGGAGAUAUUGAGACAGGAGACAAAGACCAAGAAGUUUUACCACUACAAAAAGAUCAAUUAUCAACAAACAUCGAGGAGAAUGAACAGGACAUAAUAACAAUUAAUGACCGUGAAAACAGCAAAACUGAUGUAAUAACUCCAGCACACCUACCAUGGCGUAUAAUAUCUUCGGAAACGCAACAUUCACCAUUAUUCAACGAAAAUCUGCUAGAGCUAGAAGAGACUAAUCAAUCAUUAAAAAAUCGUUUUGAUUUUAACAAACAAUCAAAAAUCAUUUGCAAAGAUGUUGGUAUUCGUGCACCAGAAUCUUGUUUUACACAUUUUUUUGAUGAUAAAGACAGUGAAUUGGUUGCUGCUUCUAAUAAUCCCACUGAAAGUGAACAUGGACAAGGAAGAACGAAUAAUGAGUAUAUGUCACCACUAAAUCUUGAACUUGAAUCAAGAUCAAUCUGGAAAAAUAAUCACGAUACAAAUCAAAAAUGUGCAGGAUCUCACUUUAUUUACUACAAUGAUAAUGAAACAGCCAGAUUAGUGUCAGAAACCUACAUAACUUUACCUGAUGUAGUAACAAAGAAGGAAUCAAAUAACGUGAAACAAAUGACAGAUGAAUUGUCAGUUUAUAACCGUACAGAUGAUCUAAUUUUACUAAACAAUGCUCAAAAUUUUAGUAGCAAGAACAAAGACAGACAGAUACUAAUGAGAAGAUGGCCAACAGAGAAAAGUAAUCACAACAACAAAUAUAGUAUACAAAAGCCAAAGUUAAACUCGUCAAUUAAUUUUUUAUCACCUAAUCAUAUGAUGAUGUAUGGGAUAACGCAAAAUAAAUGUCUGGAACUAACUACUGAUCAUCGAUGUCGUUUCAACCGUUGUCAUCGUUGGCUGCAUAGAAGUACAUUACAAUUAAGUAACAAUAAUGCUAAAAAUGAUGAAGAAACAGUUUUAUCAACUAAACAUUUGAUUAGCAGUCAGUUAAUUAGUGAUGAAUCUAAUGAAAAAUCAUUUCAGACGUUGUUAAUUAGUUCAGUAAAUUCAUUGGAUAAUUCGAGAAGACAUGAUGAUGAAUACAAUGAUAUAAAGAUGUUUACAUCGACUGAUUUCAAUAAAUUAAAAUUAAACUUCGUUGCGACUAAUAGUUCACAAAAAAAUGCUGAACAUGAACAACAACGUGAUUCUGACAAUGAAAGAUUGAUAAUCGACGUCCCUGAUCAUCAAAACAACAAAAAUAAAGAAGCGAAUAGUUUUUCAUCAGUUAUAUUGCAUAGAAAUCUGUUGAAAAACGCAGUGUUCAGCAGGAAAAAAAAGUCAAAUGUCAUUGUACAGCAUAUACGGCGGUCGCAUCGACGUCGCGCUGUUCACAAACGAAAGAUGAUGUUAUUGAGAUCCAAUCCAGAUACUAAAAUAGCAUCAUCAUCAAAAGUGCUUCACUCAACAAUACCAUGCGCUCCAUCUGUCUCAAUAUCAUCAGAGUCGUCUGCAUCAACAGUAGAUGCACACUUUCAACCGUUAUAUAAACAAACACGUUCAUCAACGACACAAACUGAUCUUUUUAUGCGUCCAAAACGUCAAGAACAAUACCAAUCACUAUCAGCUACUCCAGUAUUUCGCACAGUAUUAGACGAUGAAGAUGAUGACGAUUCAUCAACAGUAUUUUCUGAUCAUUCUCAACAACAAGAACAAUUAGAAUUUACAAAAGAAAUAAAUUCUGCUAUAUUUAGCAAACCAUUUCGGCAAAGUAAAUCGACAAUUUUCUUCGAUUGUAAGGAUCAAGCAAGAACACACGAACGACUAUCAAACGACAAACAGCGGACUAAUACACUAAAUAAGACAAUUGAUUUAAAAAAAAAUUCACCGUAUCCUAUGGAUGCUAAGAGCCAUAUGGUGUUAGCCCGAGCACCCAAAAACACUGAUAUUUGUGAAGAAUUGAAGUAUAUUUUAGGGCAAACAUCAUCAGCAACAUCGGUUAAUCUUGAAAAAAAUCGAUCGAUUGAUUCUCUUAUUAAAAAACAGAUUAAUUGGGCAUUUAAUGGGUAUCAAUCGGUUGUUGUUUUAUUUGAUGACAAAUAUUCUCUACAACGUCAAUCAUUUUUAAACUAUGUUUACAAUUCAAUUGAAAAAAAUCUAUUAAAAUUAAUUGAUACAGCAAGUCAAUCGCAUGAUAAUUUACUAUUGUCCUGUUCGAAUUUAAUGUUAUUCAAUAAUUCUUUAUAUGAUAUCUAUACAUUACAGCGAUUACGGCUUUUAGACACAGGUAAAAAAGUAAUAUUGUUACCCGAUAAUGAAAAAUUAAUAACAAAUAGUAAUGAUAUAAGACAUUCUAUAAAUAAAUUAAAAAGAGAUAUUGCAUUUUCUCAUCGUAUUUAUAUAAUUAAUUUUCGUAAAAAAACAUGUUUAAAAUCAUUCGGUUCAUUUUUGUUUAUGCAAUUAGCACCAGUUCAAUUAUUAUCAACCUAUGCAUUUAAUCAUAGUGGUGAUUAUCGAGGUCUUUUAACAAAUAUGAAUGCAGCCACCUAUUCUGUAAUGAACACUAUUCGUCAAUUGAUAAACGGAAAAUUAAAUGGAGAUGAUAUUACCAAACGUUAUUUGUUAAAUGAAUCAUCAUUAAAUCGUCUCCUAAAAGAUUAUUUAUUUCAUCGACGACAAAUAGGGAAUUUUAACCUUAAAAAAGAAAUUGGUUAUACAGUUCUAUUAUGGUGUACCGUACGAUUUUCGUUUUGUAUGACACAAAUAGACGAUUAUGAACAUUCAUCGGCUUUAGGAAGUGAAAACAACGAUGAACUAAACGAUGACAUUGAUCCAAACUCAUUCAUUGAUUUAUAUCGUCGAGCAUCAUUACGUCAUCAUCAGUUAUACAAAAAAGCUAGUCUAAGACCGGUCAUUGUUCAGCGUGCAUCAUUGCGACCAUCGUUCGGAAAACGAGCAAGCCUAAGACCAAUUUUUAUGGGAAAACGAAAACGAAGAAGUAUUCAGUCUUAUCUAGAUGAUGAAUAA